AUUUAAGUCACUCUCACUCCAACGCUUAAACCCUCUUCUUCUACACACACUCUCUCUCUCUCUCUCUCUGCGUUUGGGGUUUGAAAUUUGAAUUGACAUUCUUCAUCCAUGGCUUCUCGAUUCACUGGGGCUCCUCUUUCCUUUGUCAUUUACACUUCUCCUUCUCCAUCUCAAGAAGAAGAACAACAAAUUGGGAGUCCGACGAGCGUUCUUCCUGUUUCGUUUUUCUCAUCUCGAGAACAACAAAGUCAAAUUGGGACUCCAUUUACUCCUCUCAAUGCUCCGAAAAUCAUGAACCCUACUUUCUCCAUCUCUCCAAUCUCUUCUGCUGAUCGGUUCAAGUUUCGGGUGCCGUACACGACUGAUGAGGAUGUAGUGCUUCAGAAUCUUAUCCACAUCAUUCGCUCUGUUAUGAUGAAAUCAAAUUCUUCAUCGUCCCAAACCCUAACACCUGCUCAGAGGCUCUUCAACUCGCUUGAUCUUGUUCAGAAAAAGGUCACGCAGCAAUUGGAGAGAAUUAAAGAGACCCCCACUUUUCAGAUGGGGGUCAGAGAUAAGAAAAUUCGAAUUUUGAUGUCUAUGCGCUAAUUCUUAUUCUUAUUACAACACACGCUGACACGCACACUACACUACACCAACAGUACCAUAAUUCACUCACCAAAAUGGGAUUUUUUUUUUUUCAGAAAACCCAUCAAAUACUAACUUCAAAUAUGCAUCACUUUAUGGAAAUCUAACAUAGUGCCUAUUAGAUUUCUGAUAAUUUCUGUGUUGUUGUUACUUAUUGCUUUAGGUUUGGUUGUCUUGGUCCUCAAAUAAUACAAAUUUGUUGUUGAUAGGAAUGUCUAACUGUAAGGAUUAGAUUCUUUUUGAUUUACAUUAUGAAACAUAAGUACAUAACUAACAUUUUGAAUAAUGGGUUCUUAUAAAAUUUGUGAGUUUAGAGUUAAUUAGGAAUCUAAAGUGAGUUUCAUUAUCUUGUUAUUUCUGGCUCUGGAUCAGGUUUCCUAACCCUUUAUGGGGCAGGUUGCACUGGCCAAUUUUGGACAUACCAAAUUCAAAGUGACCCAAACAUUGUACAUUGAUAACUCUAGCUUGGUCUGCCCUUGGAGGCUUUAAUUUCAAAAUUAAAAUGAUCUGCAAAAUUCUUUUUUUCAUGGUUAACAUAGUCUUUAUAUCACCCUCCUCAUCAACAGACUGAUGUUUAUUGGUUUUGUCUCUUUAUUGGUGCAAAUCAGAGAGCAGGCUUGUUUACUGCAGUUUUCUUUCUUGGUUGUAUGUUUUCAUUGGUUGAAUAGGAUAACAGUGAUCUUCUACAACUAAUUUGGCUCUAUUUAUCUUACAUGUGAAACUUAUUGAAUAUUUGACAGUCAGGCCCUGUAUUGACUACUAACGGUAUAUGCAGUACCAAGGUGAGAGGCGGGCUUGGGGGAAUAUUUUUUGACGAUCUAAAUGACUGUAAUGAAGAGAUGCUUCUUUCCUUACUCUUCUUCUCAGCAGCAACAAAUUGGGAGACCCAAAACUCCUAUUAGUGUUACUCCCAUUUUGUUUUUCUCAUCUCGAGAAGAACAAAUUGGGAGUCCUGUUACUCCUGUAAAUGCUGCUAGAAUCAGGCGUUAUAUGUUGAUCUCUCCAUCUCCAAUUCCAAUCUCGGCUGAUUGGUUACAGUUUCUGGUGCCUUACACACAACUGAUGAUGCUGUAGUGCUUGAGAAUCUUAUCAUCCCUAGCAACUGCGCAGAGACUCUUCAACUCACUUGAUCUUGUUGAGAAAAAGGUCAUAGAGCAAUUGAUGAGAUGAUGAGUGGAGUUGAUGAGAUGAUCUGAACACGUAGUAAAACAUGCUUAUAUCUGUCAGCUAGCUAUGAAAGACAGAUAAUUGAACAGAGAAAGAUUGGCUAAAUAGGGAUAUCAAGGAGAUCGGUUAUGUAUUUCUGUACAGGGAUAAUGUCUUAAGAUCACAUCUACGUUGGUUUUCCUAUUUCCUGAAGAAUAUGGCAGUUUUGAAUAGAUGCCUCGCAACCAGACAGAUUAGCAUUUGAAAUGAUGAGUUCAAGCGAAAAAACUGAGGCAAAAAUCUGCAGAAAGUUAUCUGCAAGUAAGCAUGGGAAGCAGUUUACCAUGUGGGUAUCGAAAGAAACUUAAGAAUUCAUUUUGUGAAUUGCAAAACUGACUCGAGGGUAGUAGUUCAAGAUGUGAACUUGAAUGUAUAGAAGUUCCUUGUGGAGAAUUCUCUUCUUUGUGUUUGAAUCUUGAAUGUAUAGAAGCAGUUUGUUGCCUGAUAAGGCAGCCAGGCAGGUCUGCAGCUAGUGCUGCUUGUAUUUGAAUAUUUGUUGCUUCAUUGUGUUGUAUGAAUAAAAUUUUUUAAUAUAAAAAAAAAUGUAUGCAUUGGUUUGC